GACGAGCGCGGCGGGCCGAAUCACGUACAGAACCUGGUGUCGGCACCUGUGAUCUUCGACACGGAGCGAGGAAAGCUGCUGUACCUCUCCUCCUUCUACUACAUCGGCCAGUUUUCGCGAUACAUCAAGCCCGGGGCGCAGCGAAUCUCCACCAGUAGCAGCCGAGACAAGCUCGAGGCCACGGGAUUUGUCAAUCCGGAUGGCUCCGUGGUGGCGGUGGUCCUCAACCAGGAGGACUACGAGAUCGGCUUUUGGCUUCAAGUCGCCGGCAGAUCUGUCGAAACCCAGGCUCCUCCGCGGUCCAUAACCACCUACGUGAUUCCGAAGAUCGCAGACCCACCUCCCACUUGGAGACUCGGCCUUUGA